UAAUGCUAUUGGCAACGGUCUCGAGGCGUUGUCCCCGAGCCAGACCCUGCGCCAGGAUGAAGAAGCCUGUUACAACCUAACUGUCCUGAAGUGCUGCGGUGGCCCCCUCCCCCGCAGCUGGGAGGCGACGGCAGGACGGGGUUGGCUUUCUCUGCGCCGGCUCUGGGCGUGUGCCCCAGCCGCAGCUCCGCGGAGCCUCCGAGCCGCCUGCAAAGGGGGGCGGGGGCGAGCAGCCCGCGUCUGCGGCUUCCUCCCCACGCCCGAGCCUCCUGCGCACAGCCGGGAGGACGCCAGCCCGAGCCUCGUCCCCACGCCGCGGCGCGCGGGCUGCCUGCCCAGCCGAGAACAAUCAACCAUGACGACCGAAUCUGGCUCAGACUCGGAAUCCAAGCCCGAGCAGGAGGCUGAGCCCCAGGAGGCGGCGGGGGCGCAGGGGCACGCGGGGGCGCCGCAGGGCCCGGGGCCCGAACCCAGCGGCGAGGAGCAGCACCAGGCCCUCGAGCAGUUCGAGGCCGCGGCGCACAGCACCCCUGUGAGGAAGGAGGUCACUGACAAGGAACGGGAGUUCGCUGCUGGGGCUGCAAAACAGCUCGAAUAUCAGCAAUUGGAAGACGAUAAACUUUCUCAGAAAUCAUCUAGCAGUAAACUAUCUCGAUCUCCAUUAAAGAUUGUCAAAAAGCCUAAAAACAUGCAGUGCAAAGUGAUACUUCUGGAUGGAUCAGAAUAUACCUGUGAUGUGGAGAAACGCUCCAGAGGCCAGGUGCUGUUUGAUAAAGUAUGUGAACAUCUGAAUUUGCUGGAAAAAGACUAUUUUGGGCUUACGUAUCGAGAUGCUGAAAACCAGAAGAAUUGGCUGGACCCUGCUAAGGAAAUAAAAAAACAGAUUCGAAGUGGUGCUUGGCACUUUUCAUUUAAUGUGAAAUUUUACCCACCAGACCCCGCCCAGCUAUCUGAAGAUAUCACCAGGUACUACCUCUGCCUACAAUUGCGAGAUGACAUCGUGUCCGGAAGGCUGCCCUGCUCCUUUGUCACCCUGGCCCUGCUGGGCUCCUACACUGUCCAGUCCGAACUUGGAGACUAUGACCCAGAUGAAUGUGGGAAUGAUUACAUUAGUGAGUUCCGCUUUGCGCCAAACCACACGAAAGAACUGGAAGAUAAAGUGAUCGAGCUGCACAAGAGCCACAGAGGAAUGACGCCAGCAGAAGCAGAGAUGCAUUUCUUGGAAAAUGCCAAAAAACUGUCCAUGUAUGGGGUUGAUUUACAUCAUGCCAAGGAUUCUGAAGGAGUAGAAAUUAUGUUAGGAGUUUGUGCGAGUGGUCUGUUGAUAUAUCGUGACCGACUGAGAAUCAACAGAUUUGCCUGGCCCAAGGUUCUAAAAAUUUCAUACAAACGGAACAACUUUUACAUUAAGAUUCGGCCGGGAGAGUUUGAACAAUUUGAAAGCACCAUUGGGUUUAAGCUGCCAAACCAUCGAGCUGCCAAGCGUUUAUGGAAAGUGUGUGUUGAACAUCAUACAUUUUUCAGACUGUUGUUACCAGAAGCACCUCCAAAGAAAUUCCUGACCUUGGGCUCCAAGUUUCGUUAUAGUGGCAGGACACAAGCCCAAACAAGAAGAGCCAGCGCGUUGAUAGAUCGCCCUGCCCCUUACUUCGAACGCUCGUCCAGCAAACGUUAUACCAUGUCUCGUAGCUUGGAUGGAGCGUCAGUGAAUGAAAACCAUGAAAUCUACAUGAAGGAUUCUGUGUCUGCUGCAGAGGUUGGUACUGGCCAGUACGCCACAACAAAGGGCAUCUCUCAGACCAACUUGAUCACCACCGUGACUCCGGAGAAAAAGGCCGAGGAGGAACGGGACGAAGAAGAGGACAGGCGAAAACGACUGGAAGAAGUCACCCCGGUCGCGGCAGCACGGCACGAGGGCAAGACCGACAGUGAACGCACGGACACGGCAGCAGACGGGGAGACCACGGCCACUGAGGAGCUAGAUAAAACUCAAGAUGACCUGAUGAAACAUCAAACCAAUAUUAGUGAGCUGAAAAGAACCUUUUUAGAAACCUCCACAGACACUGCCAUCACGAAUGAAUGGGAAAAGAGGCUUUCUACCUCCCCAGUGCGACUAGCCACCCGGCAGGAGGAUGCACCUAUGAUCGAGCCGCUCGUCCCCGAAGAGAAAAUGGAAACCAAGACUGUGUCCAGCAAGGUAGAGGCAGAAGCAAGCCAGCACCCCCCACCACUUAGCACCGAGAAGGUUGUGCAGGAAACCGUGUUGGUGGAGGAACGACCUGUGAUGAAUGUGCAUGCGAGUGGGGAUGCCUCUUACGUGGCUGGAGAUGACUUGGAUGCCGCAGCCCAGGCAGCAUCUGCUGAUGCUUCUAGCUUGAAAGGGAAGGAGGGCUCUGCUCUGAUGGAGGGAGCUGAGGAGGAGAAGGGGGAGGUGGCCGAGAAAGCUGUCCUCAAACAGAAAGAGACGGCCACUGCUUCCCACGAGCCAGUGGAGGAGCAGAGUGCAACAAUCCACGUUUCUGAAACUUGGGAACAAAAACCUCAUUUUGAGUCAUCAGCUGUGAAGACAGAAACCAGCAGUUUUGGCAGUGUUUCACCAGGAGGAGUAAAGCUAGAAAUUUCUACCAAGGAAGUACCGGUCGUUCACACGGAAACAAAAACCAUCACAUAUGAAUCAUCACAGGUUGAUGCUGGUGCGGAUUUGGAGCCAGGCGUGCUAAUGAGUGCACAGACGAUCACAUCUGAAACCACCAGUACCACGACCACCACCCACAUCACCAAAACUGUGAAAGGAGGCAUUUCAGAGACAAGAAUUGAAAAGCGGAUAGUCAUCACAGGAGAUGCCGACAUUGACCAUGACCAGGCGCUGGCUCAGGCAAUUAAAGAGGCCAAAGAGCAGCACCCUGACAUGUCAGUGACCAAAGUAGUGGUCCAUAAAGAGACAGAGAUCACACCAGAAGAUGGAGAGGAUUGACCCCAGGAAUAACUUAGCCUGCACAUGAAUCCAGUCAUGCAAACCAUUAGGAAAACCAGAGCCUAUAUGGAGUUCCCUCUUCUAACCCAACUGACUUGUAUCUGCCCAUGGAAAAUUCAACCCAGAAGAACUGACCUUGACCAUUAAUAAAGACACUGGCAGAGAGAUCUUCCCAUAAUAAAGCAAUCCGAAUCAGCAUCACAAAACUGAUAUUGCAUGAAGCAACGAUAAAAUUACAAAAGAGUAGCAUUUUUAAUUUCCACCAAGUGUCUAAGUUUUCAGCUAUACCUGCACGUUCAUAACCAACAAUAUAAACCGUGAUCUCAUGUAACACAUAAACAAUUCAUGCCUUUCAUAGUUUAUUAUUAAAGUCUAAACAAAAUCGCCAUUUCUUAGGUGACAGAUCUUUUGUUUACAGACAAAUGAAGAUUACCCUAAAAUGCUAGAAGCUGUCUAGGUCCGAUGUGUCAGGUUUAUCCCAGAUUAGAUGUGCCAAUAACCGAGUUUAUUCAGUAAACAACUUGAAUCUCGUACUUGUUUCACCUGGUUUUAUUAUUCUCACCCAUACACAGCAACGACUCUCAAUCCUCUGGAAAUAUUUAAUGCUUACAAUCCUGCUUUGUGUAUCUAAUUUGAUUCGUUAUAAGGUAGUACUGAUUUUAGCAUAUUAAUGUGAUUUCUUCCUUGUUUGCUUUGGUCUGCGUCCAACCUGGAAAGCUUCCAAGAUUUCCCUAACAAGUCCUAAAUAUGUAAAUUGUCAUUAUUUGGGGGAAGAAAACCUGUUUUUGUUAGUUUACGAUAUUAUGGAAUUUCACUCCAGAAAAAGCUGUUGGGCUUCUGUUGCUUUGUUUUCUCUCUUCGUUUCUUCUUCCUUGUGUUUUUAAGUUGAUUUUACUUUUACUUGAAAAAGAAAAAAGUGUUUUAUUUCCAAAUCUGGUCCAUAUUUACAAUCUAGUUCAGAGCCAAGCCUUAAAUUGUACAGAAUUUCCACUGUAAUUAAACUAUUUAGUGUUUAGUUAUAAAUAGCCUUCAAAAAGAUAUAUUCUCCAUUACACUGUCAACUGCAUCACACAGCCCAUGGUGAAUGUAUGUUUCUGCAUAGCAAAAUAAAAAUGGUAAAUGCAUUUAAA